AUGGCUCGCUUAGUAUUAGAUACAAAUUGUUUUGCAUACAAAGAUAAAUAUUAUCAACAAAUUCAUGGUGGUGGAAUGAGUUCAGCAUUUACACAAGUUUUAGCCAGCAUCUAUAUGCUCGAAUGGGAAGAACAUUUAAUUCAACAUCAAGCUAAGCAUGGAGAAAUCUAUGGCCGCAAUGAACAUGGACAUUUACGAACAUGCGUGUAUCAUAAGCCAACAGCUGAUCCGUAUUAUUUACCAUAUACAUCAGAUCAUUCACAUAAAUAUCAUAGAAAUAUACCAUACAAUGCUUUAAUACGUGCUGCACGUUUAUGUUCAAAUGUACAUGAUUUCAAUUUAGAACGUACUCGUAUUGAUGUUUCAUUACUAUUAGGUCAAUAUCCACCGAAAAUUAUCUCAAAACAAUUUCUUCGAUUUUUUCAAGUCAAUAAUGCAAUGUCUGUAUUGGCAGAACUAAAUGCAGAUACUUAUCAACGUUUACAUCAAAAACUAAUCAACCAAAUAGCACUAAACGAAAAGCAAUUGAAUGACAAGGCGAAAAAUCCUGUCAAAUAUCCACCAGUAUUAGAAAAAAAAACAUGGGAUCGAACAGUGAUAAACCUGCGAUACAUCUAUGAAAGUGGCCCUAUUGCCUCCUUCUCUCAUAAAUUUUAUUCCUGGUGGAAAAAGCAUUAUCGAUAUCCGGAGUCUGCAGUCAAAAAUAAAACAGUUAGACUCAAAUCAAAAAUCAAUCGUAAAUUAACAAAUUACUUAAUUCGAAAGAAGCCUCCAAGACAUAGAUUGACAUUGAAGAAGCAAAAAGAUAAACAAUAA